UUACAUUUAUAACAAAGGGGUCAGAACUAGAUAAGCAUCGAUUUAGAACAAGAAGGGGCACGUGGGGGCUCACUGGGUCCAACUUCUUCAUUUUGCAGACAAGGAAAUUAAAACCUAGAGAAAUAAAGUGAUUUGUCCUCUCCCCCGGCGGCAAAAUUAGAAUUUGAACUUGGAUCUCCUGAUUCCAACAUACUUUCUAUGGCAGCACAUUUCUAGCAUUAGGAGUCUAGCGCACGUACAAAUCACUUAUCAUAGUCGGCAUUGGAAGCCAAGCCUUGUCUCCAACCUCCCCCCCAUUAAAAAUGCUUCGCUGGCAGGUGAACAUGUAGUCUUAUUUGCAAAGGGGCAGGAGGGAGGGCGCGCUUGCUUUUCCAGGCAGUUGCUCUCUAGAACCAGGAAAGCGACCCACUCCAGCAAAUCCUUCCUAGCUGGCUCCGCUGACACUUUUCGAACCUGAACUCGAUGCCCGAUGUUCGCUCCCGGCAGCCUCGGAAACCCGGGACGGAGCGCGUACUCCGGGCUGGGGCAGGCGCCUGUGCGCAUGUGCAGGCCGGGGCAGGCGGCGAGGAGGUUUGGCUGGAGGCGGAGGAAGUUUUCUCUUUGCACUCCACCCCGGUAGCAGCUCCGAACAAGGGACGACUUCCUCUGGUGGUUCCCCGCCUCGGCUCUGCUGCAGCCGCCUGUCCCGACCUGGGUGGGUGGGCCAUGGAGCUCCCCCAGGGGCAGGAGUCCCAGGCUCCGCAGGAGGUAGAAACAAGAGAAGAUGAAGAACAAAACAUCAAAUUGGCAGAAAUUUUGGAGCUCUUGGUUGCAGCUGGAUAUUUCAGGGCAAGAAUUAAAGGCUUGUCACCCUUUGACAAGGUAGUAGGAGGAAUGACUUGGUGUAUCACUACUUGCAACUUUGAUAUAGACGUUGACUUACUGUUUCAGGAAAACUCUACAAUAGGUCAAAAAAUUGCCUUGACAGAAAAAAUUGUAUCUGUCCUGCCAAGGAUGAAGUGCCCCCACCGCCUAGAGCCCCAUCAGAUCCAGGGGCUGGAUUUCAUUCAUAUAUUUCCUGUUGUUCAGUGGUUGGUGAAACGUGCAAUAGAAACCAGAGAAGAAAUGGGUGACUACAUCCGCUCCUACUCCAUAUCUCAGUUUCAGAAAACCUAUAGUCUUCCAGAGGAUAAUGACUUCCUUCAAAGGAAAGAAAAGUCCAUCAAGACAGUAACCGAUAUAUUUGAUGUUUACAAACCGCGUCGAAAAUACAGGCGUCAAAAGGGAGCUGAGGAGCUGCUAGAUGAAGAAUCUCGAGUCCAUACUACACUUUUGGAAUAUGGCAGAUUUACUGAUUUUAUAUUGCGAUAUGGAUUAAGUAGACAGAGCAAAACAGAAAAGACUGAGGACAAGAAAGUGGUGUUGCCUUCUGGGUUCUCAGGGUCAGGAAAAUCCCUUGACGAAGAUGAGCUUCAAGCUGCCGAAGAGCGCCAUAUUGAAACCCUUAUGACUAAAAUGGCUGCUAUGGCAACAGAAGAGAGCCGACUGACUGCGAGUGCAGUAGGCCAGAUUGUGGGGCUUCGCUCCGAGGAGAUCAAGCAGAUUGUUUCAGAAUAUGCUGAGAAGCAGUCAGAGCUUUUGGCUGAACCAAGUCCAGAAAAACUGGGAGUGACCCAACAACAUCGUCGAAAAGUUGCUUCUUUGAACAAGCAGAUUCAGCAGAAAACCAAACUUCUAGAAGAGUUACAGGCCAAGUGUGCAGAUUUACAAGUCAAAUAUGAUGAAGCAAAGACAAAACUUUCAGAAGUAAAGAGUUACAGUGAGAAACUGGACCAAGAAUUGGCAGCCCUCGAGAAGAUAGAAUCCCAGGCUGACCCAAGCAUUCUGCAGAAUUUAAGAACACUUGUAGCUAUGAAUGAAAAUCUGAAAAGUCAGGAACAAGAAUUCAAAGCACAUUGUAGAGAAGAGAUGACACGUCUGCAGCAGAAUAUUGAAAGUUUAAAAGCUGAAACAUCAGAAGAUGGAGAUGAAAAGGAACCCACCAGAAUUAUAGACCAACAGCAUAAAACUGAGAAAGAAAAACUUCAGAAAAUCCGUCUGUUGCUGGCUCGAAGAAACCGAGAAAUAGCAAUUUUGCAACGUAAGAUUGAUGAAGUACCCAGCAGAGCUGAGUUAACACAGUAUCAGAAGAGAUUUAUUGAACUCUACAGUCAGGUGUCAGCAACCCACAAAGAAACCAAGCAGUUUUUCACUCUAUAUAACACACUGGAUGAUAAGAAGGUUUAUUUGGAAAAAGAGAUUUCUUUGCUGAAUUCAAUUCAUGAAAACUUCCAACAAGCAAUGGCCUCCUCUGCUGCCCGUGACCAGUUUUUGCGACAGAUGGAACAGAUUGUAGAUGGAAUUAAACAAAAUCGGAUGAAGUUGGAGAAGAAGAAACAAGAGAACAAAAUGAGAAGAGAUCAGUUAAAUGAUGAAUAUCUGGAACUAUUAGAAAAACAGAGACUAUAUUUUAAAACCGUGAAAGAAUUCAAGGAGGAAUGCCGCAAGAAUGAAAUUCUGCUGUCCAAGGUGAAGUCCCAUAUUUCCUGAGAAAACUCAUCAGCUGGCAGCCUUAAUUGAUUUUUCUAGCCUGGAGAUGGAUUACCACGUUAUGAAACGUGAUAGUAGCAGCCCAGAGACAUUGGCAGACUGCUUCAAAUAUCCUGGAUUUUUUUUUUUCUAUUUUGCUUCCUUUCAUUCCCAUGCCAAGUGUUAAUGACAGUCAUUCAACACAAAGGGUAUAACUAGAGUAAAAGCCCUUCCACAGAAUAAGAUGUAAUGUGGCCAAUAUUUCUUUUCUGUGUAGAUUUUUCUUUUACAUCCAAAAUAACAUUACACAUAAUUAAGAUAUCAGGAAAAAUAUUUGCAUAAAGUCUCUAUAAAAUAAAAAUUAACUCAUUCAUUCCACCCCUCUUGUGCAAGGCACUAUUCUAGGCUGGUGGGGUAGGGGGAAAGAGAAAGCAACGAAGGAUACACUGACUUGGCAGAAACAGGUUCUUUGGUCUGGGACCUUGCAGUCUAAAUGGGAAAGUUGUGUUAUAAACUUAGAAAUUACAAGUAAAUAAGUACUCCAAGAAAAGUAUAAUUAGUGUUAAUAGGAUUUAGAAAACAGAAAGAGCAGUUCUGCCCAAAUCGGUGUUAGGGCCCAGGACAAAGGCCUUGCUCUGUCCCACUCCUAAUGAGGACAUCUUUAUUUAGCCCUUUACUAGGGGGAAGUUCACUUGGGAUUUCACUGGAACCUUAAGUGGUCUCCUCACCUUUGACCUAAGAGAAUAAGGCAGUGGAAAGAAUUACUCAAGUCAAGGGACCUUGCUUCAAAUCCCACUUCCGACAUUGCAUGACCUUGCAUGAAAUCAUUUAAUCUCAUUUGAUCUGCAAAAUGAGGGGUUUAGCCUGGAUGGCUUCUGCGAAUCUUGGCAACUCUCGCUCCGUGAUCCAGUAAGCCAACUCUAAAAUGCCUUCCGACCUCCGGGGGCAGAGUCUCGGCCCCUAAGACAAUGCCAGCAUGCUUUGGCACUGGGAACCAUUUACCCACUGUCCUUCCAGCUCUCAAUCCGUACCCCUGGCCUUGGAUUUUCCACUCCUCAUCUGCCCAUCCAAGAGUCUGGUCUCCUUUGUUCCGGUCCAGCUUCCCUUCUUCUCCGUAGUGCUCCCCAGCCACUUCUCCUUCCCAUCCACCUCAUCUCAACAGCAGUGCUCAACCACGUAGACAGGUGCUCCCUCAAUACCUCUUCUGCCAUCAUCCUGCGACUAAGGGCAGAGGGGCCUGUAGUAUCACCUGUGGGUCUGGCUUCGAGCCUCCUGUGAGCUCUUCUCAGGUACCAGACAGUACAGGGAAGCGGGGGAAGUUCUGUAGAAAAUGGGGCAUUUAAACUUGGACCUGGAAGGGCUCCAUUAUGGAGCAAACAAAGGAAGCGCAGUCCAGUAAUGGGAAAUCGCAAGGCAAUAAUACCUGCCACCUAUAUAGCACUUUACAUCAAAUCCAGCCUCAGACACUUUCUAGCUUACUUGGGCAAAUCUCUUAACUGUUUGCCUCAGCUUCUUCAACUGUAAAAUGGGUAUAAUAAUGCUCUUUACUUCCUGGUAUUGUUGUGAGGAUCAAUGAGAUAUCUCUAAAGCAUUUAGCACAAGUUAUGGAACAUAGAUGAUACAUAAAUGCUAAAUGUUAUCAUUACAUCUGUUCUCUCAUUUGAUCCUUAGAAUAACCUGAGAAGAUCUUGUAGCCCUAUUUCAUCAUUAGGGAUAUAUUGAGUCUUAGAGAGCAUUAAGUGACUUGUCUAUGGAUGUGUAGCUUAUGAAAGGUUAGAAAGUAAACCUCUGUCUUCCGCAAUUUUUUGCUUCUCCAUUAAGAGACUAUUUUUAGUUAAAUAGUGAAGGAGGGAGUAAUGAGAGCUGAACUUGGACGUGUCAGCUGGCAUUAGAUCAGAGGUAAUUUAUGCUAAGAUAAGGAGAUUGGGCUUUAUGCCAUAAACAGUGGAUCACUGAAGCAAAACUGAGUUUCAUGUCUCAAGAUUCCAGUUAAUAUUGGCAAUGUAACCACGCUAAAAGAAAAUGAGAUUUCAGAAUGGGCUUCAUGGACAAAUUUUGUGGCCAAACACUAGCCAGAAUUUUUGGACAAUAAACUGUGAAGCUUAAACAUAUUAGACAGGUGUAACUUUAACUUCAUUCCACUUUUGAUAAAAUAGUACACAGAAAUACAUAAACCAAUAUGAUAAGGCACAGGUGAAGUACAUGAACUUAAAAAAUAAAAUAAAAUCCACUCUGGAUUCAUGAGCAUUCAGUUCUGUGCUAGGCCUAAUGAGACCUGACAACACCUCUUGACCAAAUUGAGUAACAACCCCCUGUCCUUUCUUUUGGGAAUGUAAAAAGCAUUAAAGUUACUUCCUCACAUACUUUGGCUUACCUGCAUGUAACAAAUCCCACCUAUUUGCUAGCAGGAAACAGGAAACAUGGAACAUGAUAUCCUCCUGUAAAAUGGAAACAAUUUGGAGGGCUUUUGGUGUUUUUGACAUUUAGGUCAACCAAAUAGUCAAGACUAUCUUACGGUGUUUUGAGUAUGGUGGGGAGAAAUCUCCAAUGGGUUGGUAAACUAUUUGAACUUCCGGGGAAGCAUUAAAUACAAUUUACCAAGCAGAUCACUUACUUAGAAAUCCUGGCCAACUGGACUCUGUUACUGAGCUUAGAAUUUUUUUUUUUUUUUUGCUAGUGUUUCAUGGCACAUAAUCCCCUAUACUGUAUGUGUGAGAGAGAAUUGUGAGGUCAAGAAUUUGUAUAUGUCACACUGUAAUCAUUUCUGAUUAUCCAGACUAAUAGAAAUAAUGGUGGGGCAAAUAACCCCAACAAAUAAUUAAAUAAUAUUUCUAUUUA